AUGUGGCUUGUUAUGUCUACGGAAGCAUCAUGAGUGUUUUUGUGCUGAUUGGUCAAGGUUUAAGUCAUUUUAUCCAGAAGAACUCAAAUGAUGUCACAAGGCUUGAUCAUAAUGUGCAUGUGCUCUCAGAAGAGGACGAGAUAGAGUUUGAUUCUUGUUUAGGCUCCGAUACAUUAAACUUUGUUUUACCUGUUAAGAAGAUUAAUAUCAAUAUUCUUAUACAUGCUCUUCUUGCUGGACCUCUAUGUGGAGUUGGUCUGUCGUAUCUGCUACCUUCUACAUUAGAGAGCUUGUUUAAUCAUGUUGGUGCAACUGUCGUUUUGUAUGUAUUCGGUUGGUUUACAAUCUGCGUUGCUCAGUAUUCCUUAACAGUGACAUCACCGCCAGAAACAGUGAAUUUCAGGAGCACAGAUCCUUAUGAACUUCGACCUCUGAUGCGGCCAUUUUAUGUUUACAUUUUCCUUGCAUUUCAUGUAGUACACUGGCCUAAGUCAUUACUCACAGCCCAUUGUGCGAAGCAUGCACUCAUCACACACCACGUUUUAUAAACAAAAACAGAAGUG